UCAGGUGGCCAUCUGGGACCACCGGCUUUUAGCUCAAUCCAGUCGACGUGACCACCCACUGUGACGAUCGUUACUUUCCCACUGCGUCCUUACUUCCUUCCUACCUCCACGUUCUGACAACCGUGAUCGCAGUACUCAAUCUCCUCGCAAAACGACAUCUCUGCUGCUUGAAAGGAACAGAUUCUGGAGCUCGACCACAGAUCAGGCAUCCCGCAAACACCCAGCUGGCGCUCGUACUCCUUGUACAUCGAAUAUCACGGCAUUCGACGUCGACAGGUCUCGCGAAGGGUUUAUGGCGUCUCCGUCGCUCCCACCAUAUAGCUGGCGCGAAUACAGCCCUGACGCACGCCUCACAUACUGUGCGACAGUUCACGAGGCGGAGGACGCUGUGAAAGGUAUCAAUCCUCGCGUAGUCGGCUUCGACAUGGAGUGGAAGCCCAGCAAGAAACUCAAUCGUGUCGGGUUGUCGAAUCAUGUCGCGCUCAUCCAGAUCGCGACUGAUCAUGAAAUCAUACUCAUUCAACUGAGCAAUAUGUACACACAAUGUCGCCACAAAAGAGCCGAAAAUCGUUGGUGUGGCCGCUCCGGAUGCCGCAGAUUUCCUCGACGCCUCAAGAUGCUGUUGGAAGACCCAGGCGUCAUCAAGGCUGGCGCAGGUAUCAGUGGCGAUGCGCAAAAAUUGUUCAGUGAUUGGCGGGUUCAAAUGUAUGGCUGCGUCGACCUUUCUCUAUUGACACGGACGAUGGACAACCCCAACUGGGGAGGAAGCUAUACUGCUCAAAUAGGCUUAGCCGAGCUCGUCGCUUUUUACGCUGGGCACGAACUGCAGAAAGGAUUGGUCAGGCUAAGCAACUGGGAGGCCAAUCCGCUGACUCUCGAGCAGCGAGAAUAUGCUGCGAACGAUGCACAUGCCGGCCUAUUCCUCUUUUAUUACCACAUGCCUUCGCUGUUGUCAUCCUGGUUCACGCGUCCAUGGAACGGGUACUUCAUGUUCGACGCAGUCGGUGGUCAACUAUACCAUCCUGGCACCUCGACACCCUGGGUUCCACUCAACCCAUUUUACAACCCGCGCCCACAGAAUUUACAAGCAGGCUCGUAUUCAUGGUCAGAACUCAGUCCCAAUGCCCAGAUUCGAUACUGUUGGACGGCGGAAGAUGCGAACAGUUGCAUAUCGUGCAUUUCCUCCGGCGUCGUGGGCUUUGACUUCGUGAUCUUCCAGCUCCCUGAUCACCCUCGGCCCCACAUUCCUCUGAUACUUCUGGCGAACGACGACUGGAUCAUUGUGAUCCAGAUCGGUGAUUUGCACCGAACCUUUCCACAAGAAUUGCGUCGACUGCUUCAAAGCCGGCGUGUCAUCAAAGCGGGGUCUGUUGGAGCGAGCGUACAGAAGCUAUGCGAAGCGUAUUCCCUUUCUGUCACAAACCUCGUCGACUUGCCCCUAAUGGCUCGCUCCGUGGACGAAGCACGCUGCGCUUCCGGCAGAUAUGAAGACAUCUCUGCCUUGGUCGCUGCCUACGAAGAUCGCUCGUAUCCGGAUGAUACCAGCGCUCUCGCCGGCGAAACUUGGGCGGAUGUCAAUUGGGAUGCGGCAUUGACGGAGGAUUUGAUGUCUUACGUCGCAAACGCGGCGCACAGUCGCUGGCACCUGCACACCAAGCUAGCGGGGCUGCGAUCGGCUAUGAAGAAGCCACCACAGCCAGCCUGUUACACGUAUGACGCGACUGCCGAAUAUAUUUGCGACCCGGGUACAGACACGCGUCGAAAUGUGCGUUCUGGCGAGGCCAACGACCUCACAAAUCGCUCGCCUAUCAUCCAGACGGUCACUAAGAAAGAUCUGCAAGACGAAGCAAACGCUCGUGGGACGCCAUCCACGCCUGCGGUCAAGCUUGCCAGGACAGGAUCCGAACCUUCGAAAGCAACGUUCUACGAAACAUCAGCGCAGGAGAGAUGUUCUGUCCAGGCCCCAUCCAUCAACAGCGACGUCCUUCGCGCCCUUCGCGAGAAAGCUGUGACCCAGAAGGGUCGCGUGCCGAAAUCUCAAGCGCCGGCAAGUGUUGCGAUCCCAGGCAAGAAGCGCUCCAAACAGAACAAGAAAAAUGAACAGAAACGGUCGGGGCCGCCCCCUGUCUACCCGCCACCAAACGAGGAGACCGCCCCGUCGCGCCGUAAAGCACGCAAAGCCUUCUUCACAUCCAGGGCCACCUCUAUCCCCAAUGUCGCACCCUCACGGGUGAUUAAUUUUGUGAAAGAAUCUGGGACUCCUACUGUAUCUUAUGACAGCUUUCGCUUCUGAUUUUUCGCCAUCUCUGUACUUCUACGCUCCUCGAUUGCUAUGGUUCUUGCUUGUACUUACGACCUCUUUGUACGAAUAUAGCUGUGAUUGACGAAUUGAAUCGUAUGAUCCUCGGGAC